AUGACUGAUAUCUCUGUCUCUCUGGGCCAGGACCCAGAGGGCCUUGUGGGGGGUUAUGAGGGCAAUAGCAACGCGAUCAAAAUAACCAUGGGCGUUCUUGUCGCCUUGCUCUUGUAUAACGCAAUUGAGCUGACGGUCUUGAUAUUUACAACCUUCCAACGAUAUCAUGGGCUUUACUUCUGGUCUAUGAUGCUUUCGACAAUCCUAGGCCUUUAUCCCAGUGGCAUUGGCAAUCUUCUGCAUUUCUUCGACAUUGGGCCGUUAUGGUUAGCCUUCUUGCUAUCCAACAUUGGCUUCUAUUUCAUGGUUCCCGCCCAGUCAUUGAUCCUAUACUCGCGUCUCCAUCUCGUCCUCUACAAUCAACGACUCCUCCGAUUCAUCCUCUACGCGAUCAUUGCAACUACUAUCCUCAUCGGCCCCCCAGUAACAGUCACAACAUGGGGCUCAGCACUCGUCGAAAGCCCUGGCUGGAACGCAGCAUACACAAUCAUGGAACGUUUACAAGUGGCCUGGUUCUGCGUGCAAGAGUUCUUAAUAUCAUCGCUCUAUAUCUGGGAGACAGUUAAAAUUCUCCAGAUGAGUACUGCGACUAGCAAGCGUCGGAAAAAUAUCAUGUACCAGCUGCUUGCUAUCAAUGUCCUGAACGUGGGAAUGGAUGUGGCGAUUAUCGUUGUGGAAUAUGUCGGCUUGUAUUAUUUGCAAGUCCUUCUAAAAUGCACAAUAUACAGUAUUAAGCUGAAGCUUGAAUACGCUGUCCUUGGAAAGUUGACGGCAAUUGUGGAACCGUCACAUUUGGAACUGACGCCGAGUGGCGAAAAUGAUCUUUCGGGGAUCUUUGCUGUUCAAAAUGACAAUGUGUGUGACUCAAUGCCGACCAAGUGUCAUAUUGAGCUUGCCUCUUAUAGGCUACAUAACGAUGAUGUUUGA